AUGAAGUUCACCUCGAGGCUCCGGCGCAACCGUACCCAAGGCCCAUCGUUCCUCUAUGGCUCCCGCCCACCACCCAACGACUCGGUGUGGAAGGCUUUUGAGAAAAACAAGUUCGAAACCAACAUCUACGACCGUGCCCACGGCGGCAAGGAAAAGGAGGUCGACAACUCCAUGUCGGUCGAUAUGGCUACGAAAGCUACCGAUUUGCGGAUAAGAGCCGAGGUCAUGGCUGACCCCGAGGCCACGGAGAAGAAGGAUAACACUACCUUUGUCGCCAUCACGGGUGACCGCGACAUGAUGCCUGCCGUCAAGCGCGUGCUCGAGUGCGGGAUCCGUGUCGAGCUAGCCCGCUUCUUCAACAAGGACCCUACGGAGGCCGUGAAGACUGUCAAUAUGUAUAAGCUUCUGGAUCCGGAUCUUGUUGCGGGGGACAAGCAUGAUGGUGCCAAGAUUGACGAGCGGCUGCAGAAUCCUACGGCCAAGAACACAAUCGAAAACACCAACAACAAUCACGGCGGUUACAAUAUUGAUAACGCCAGCGCCAACGCCGGCGGAAACAUCAACAGUGGCGAUGCCACCGGCGUGGAUAACGACGAGGAAGGCUGGGACACCGUCGUUAGCAAUAUCGACACGGGAAGACGCCACCGCCGCGUUUUCAACCAGCAGUAG